UCGUCGCUAUAAAUCCAUGCUUUGCCUUGCUUCGUCUAUCCAUCUAGUGAGGUUAGUCCAGACUCCACACAGAUAACCACAAGUCGGAAAGGAAAACCAGGCGAGAUGAACACCCGCGACCUCCUCUUCUCCGGCCUCGACCUCGUCAAGCAACAGGCGAGCGCCGUGGCCUCCACCGUCUCGUUGGCCAAGCCGUACCUCCCCGCAAAGCUAACCGAGAUGAACACCGGCAACAUCGUCGCGGGUCUCGGCUACGUCAAGAACCAUACAGGAGCGGCCGUGGCCUCCACCGUCUCAUUGGCCAAUCAGUACCUGCCCGCAAGGCUUACCGGGAUGAACACCGGCGACAUCGUCGCAGGUCUCAGCUACGUCAAGAACCAUACAGCGGCCAUGGUCUCGACGCGCGACGGCGCCGUGGGGACCGCGGCGAUGGUCAUCGGGGGCGCCGUGGGCGCCUACUUCCUCUGGCCCGCUGCGGCCGCCCCCGCCGCGGCCGGCGCCAUGAUGAAGGCGCCUAGUGCCGCCGGCUUCCUCAUCUCCCGCACGGCGUUUGUGGCUAACCCGCAGGUCUACUACCAGAUCCUCCGCACCGCUGGCGCCGCGGCGGCCGCCGCCGCAUUCGUGUAGGGAAGCAAGCAAGCGCGCCCCUUCGAUCUCUCCCGUUUGCUUUGUUUCGUGUACUGUGUUUAAUUAAGUGUGGUUCGACUAUAUGGUGGUUCAUUCCAUCUAGUACUGUAUACUCCUUGCCGUGGGAGGGAGAAGACGGGGUGAUAAUAAGCGCUGCUUCGUACUGGUAUUUUUCAUUGUUCUGGUCAUUGUGUUCUGUUUGCUAUAUUAUGGUGUUUUUGAAGCAA